AUGCGCCUCAUUAAACAAAAUAUCGAGCGUGAUGGCUCUGGUACCAUCACUCUUCUUCCAGAAGAACCAGAAGACAUGUGGCACGCCUAUAAUCUCAUAGCACCUACGGACAUUUUACGCGCCACUGCCAUCCGAAAGGUCUCCAAGGAAUCCAGUACUGGAAGCACAUCCACGACGCGCGUACACCUCACAUUAUCCAUUGGUGUAACAGCGAUAGAUUUUGAUCCGCAAGCCGGUCAAUUACAUGUCAAAGGCCGCAUAUGCGAGGAAAAUAUGUGGGUCAAAGUAGGCGCAUUCCAUACUCUCGAUCUCGAACUGCAGCGAAAUUUCACACUGGAAAAAUAUGAUGGAUGGGAUUCCGUCGCCCUAGAUGUUGUGAAGGAAGCCGUGCGGGAAGAUAAAGAGGGUGUGGUGCCUGCGGUCGUGAUGCAGGAGGGAAUGGCCAAUAUAUGUUUAAUCACCGAACAUCAAACCAUCCUCAAGCAGAGAGUCGAAACAGGAAUACCGAAGAAGAGAAACGGUAUGGCGGGAGAUCACGAUAAUGGAAUUCAAAGGUUUUACCAAACAACACUCGAGACGCUACUAAGACAUGUGGAUAUCACUCAACCACGACCACUACUACUUGCGAGUCCCGGGUUCGUAGCACAAGGUUUCCAGAAAUACAUACUAGAUGAAGCAUCUAGGACGGGAAACAAAGCGGUACUGGCCAAUAAAAAGAAUUUCGUGGUGGUGCACAGCAGUUCCGGCCAUCUUCACAGUCUAAACGAAAUUCUCAAAAGUCAAGAAGUGCUAGCCAAACUCAGCGAUACCAAAUAUGCCCGCGAAACCCGCUUCAUGGAUGAAUUUAUGACACUUCUCCGCAGAGAUGACGGAAGAGCCUGGUACGGUCCAGCCGAAGUAGAGAAGGCAGUUGAGAAGGGAGCAGUAGGACGAGGGGGUGGAGUUUUGUUGAUAAAUAAUGAGCUAUUUCGGAGUCAGGAGAUUCAAGUCAGGAAAAGAUGGGUUAGGCUGGUUGAUAAGGUUAAGGAGGAAGGAGGAGAGGCGAGGAUUUUGAGCAGUGAUCAUGAGAGUGGAAAGAGGCUGGCGGGAUUAGGAGGUAUUGCGGCGAUUCUAACGUACCCAUUGGAGGAUCUGGAUGAGGAAAGUGAGGGUGAAAAGGAGGACGAUAUUCCCGUGAAGGAGAUGCAGGGUGUGGCUAUUAUAUAG